AGCUUCAGACGUGGAUCCUCAUAACGGACCAAUUCCUCCGCUUGGCUUUUGUUUACUUCCGCCCACUAAAUCUYCAAGUUUUCGCGUUUAAAAUUCACCCUGAAGGGAUUAAAGGUGAAGCAGGGAUGGAGUUGUUCCCUUAGYUCCUCUAACGGUACACGACGCUCCUCUAUCCGCUGAGCGUGCGCCUCUGCCCGCAGCGGUGGACAUGGGCUGCGGCUUGAGAAAACUUGAGGAUCCUGAGGACAGCAGUCCCGGGAAAAUCUACUCCACCCUGAAGAGACCGCAGGUGGAGACCAGGACAGACACCGUGUAUGAGUACGUGCUGCUGGACUUCAGUCUGGAAGGGAGCCGUCCCACGGUCCAGUAUGUGUCCUCUCUGUCUGAGCUCCCCCAGGCCCUGCAACCUUACUACACACAGGGCUAUGUCCUGGUUGCCCUGCAUCCCAUUAUUCUGUCUGUGGGUCGGACCCAGUCUCAGCCCUUCAGCCUACUCUACCGCGCCAUCCUGGCCCGCACAAAACCCAGCAAUCAUACAGAGUCUAUGAGCGUACCAGUUCUAAGGGUGGAGGAGUGGCCUUUACCUGGRGACUCGCUGACGAGCGACACGGUGUGGGCGCUCAUCGACAGGGUGAACAGCAGUGCACGGGGSGGCGUCCGAUUUGUUGGCUCUGUCCUCCAGCAGAUCAGCAGCAUCACCAAUGGUCGAGUGCAUAGUCCAAAGAGGAGCUGUCGAUCCCCUCCACACACACCCCUCCAAACAUCUUGUGGAGACAGAGAGUUAGAAGACAACACCUACAGUCCUGACUUGAGACUUCUGGUUUUCUUCCACUCCUGGGCUCCGGGUUGUGCUCCUCUGGACUCACUGGCCUGUCAGUACCACCAGGGGGCACUCUCCAUGCGAGUUUCCAGAAAAGGCCAUGUGGUCAGCGCACUGGAAGCUGAUUGGCUGGAGCUGACUGCCAWCUACUAUCGCAAAGGCUGGUCUCUGGUUGACUCCUUUGUAUACUGGGAUACGCCUAAAGGCGAGCCAGUGCCGAGAUCACUGGAGGGAUUGUUUGUUUACGAGGAGAGAAGCACUGCCACACCUGCGAACGACACCAUCGUGGUGGAGCAGUGGACCGUCAUCGAAGGCUCCAAUGUGAAAACAGACUAYGGGCCUCUCCUUCACACUCUGGCAGAAUUUGGCUGGUUGCUCACAUGUGUGCUGCCCACACCCAUCAUCCGACACGACAGUGAUGGGAAUCUGGCCACAAAACAAGUUGUGUUUUUGCAGAGGCCAGUCAGAGGUUCUGCARCCGGACACCUGAGAAACCAGUUGGUUUCCGUGCACAGUGACAGGUCCGGUCACUCCGUGAGUCGUGCUGUCAGCAGCUCUACCUCCUCGAUAGAUGACCUCUCCCACACGGCAGGAGGUGUUGGGGGCUUCCCGGUGUUUGGAAGCGGGUACCCCAGCUCCCUGUCUCACCUGGAAGAAGGAGGCUUUGAGCAAGACGAAGGAACGGCAGAGGUCACCUGCAUGUGACUGAGGCCACCUCUCACCUCCACACACACAAAAGACUUUAACGUAGGAUGACUCAGCACUUUUCAAACUGAUUGCAGUGGAGCCACAGUGAGAAGAUUCACUUGGACAUGAAUCUUUUCAUAAAGUCUGCUGUCAUUCAUUCUACACCCCAGCUGGUAUACGACUGACAUUAAACAUUCAAAUGUUGAAAUAAGGAAAAACAUUCAAAAUCAAAACAAUGUUGAACACCCAACAGAUGAAAUGGUUUUAGCUCUCUGUGGAUCCAGCUCUGAAAUAUCAACCAGUUUUGAGUUGUAUGUCUAAUCAACAUUAUUUUUCACAAAAAUGACUAAAACGUUUUGCUGAAAUAUGUCCAUGAAAAAAAAUAUCCUUGUUCCAACAUCCAGUCAAUGCGGAUUAAUUAACCGUUGGAAAAGUGUUGCCACAUGAAUAAUGGUGCAAUGUUAAAAGCUCAACUCUGAAUCUGUUGUUUGAGUUCAUGUCCUAUCAACAUCUACCGGCGUACUUUUGGAAGCAUGACGAGUACCGUUAGCUCAUUUCAACAUCUGCUAAAAGAAAUACUGUCGGGAGGGCUGUUUGUUUUUAGCAUGUAGCAUCGCUAGACCGCUUGAUGACAGAAUGUAUUCGAUUUCAGUCUUUUUGACGCCUGCAAGGUUUCACAGAAAAGGCAGAUGUGGAUUUUUAUUCCAGAAUAAAAUAAAAUGGAGAUGAGAUGAAUUAUAACAUUGUCUAGAAAUUAGGUCUACUUGGGUCGGCAAGUUAAUAUAAAUAAAUAUGUACACAUUAUAAAUCUACACUCACCGGCCACUUUAUUAGG